UGGAAAUCUGAUUGUGAACAGCCGACCUCAGGUCUACCCGGCAUAUUUGCAUGUUGCUCAAGGUUUCGAAAGAGGGAAACCAACACCAGAAAGGAUAUCCAUGUCCACCAAUGACUCCGCCACAACGGCGUCAACUCGGCAGUUUGUGCUGGAGAAGGAGAGUGAGUUGAGGUUGGAGGUGGGCCCCGAAGCUCUUCUUCGCCUACGCCUCACUGCCGGGGCCGCUGAGGUAUUCGGCGCCGAGCUCCCGCCGGGGAAGUGGAUCAUUGUUCCCGCUCUCCGAAAUAUCGCUAUUUUUACUUGGAAGGGCGCGACAAUCGAAUUGGACGGAAUCAGCGAGGUUGAGUAUGUGGCGGAUGAAACGCCCAUGGUGAGCUAUGUGAAUGUCCACGCUAUAUUGGAUGGGAGAAGGUCUCGCACUAAAAAUAGCAAUAAUUUGGAUUCUUCACAGGGCCCUCGUACUAUUGUUGUCGGGCCAACAGAUUCUGGUAAAAGUAGUCUGUGUAGAAUGCUGCUUAACUGGGCUUGCAAGAGGAACUGGAAACCUACUUUUGUGGAUUUAGAUAUUAGUCAGGGAUCUAUUACCAUGCCUGGUUGUAUUUCGGCUAGCUCAGUCGAAAUGCCUAUGGAUGCUUUUUGGGGAUUUCCUACUGAGAUGCCUGUUGUCUAUUUCUAUGGCCACACUAGCGCAAGUGUAAAUGUAGAGUUAUAUAAAGUUCUUAUGAAGGAAUUAGCGCAAACUCUUGAGAAACGGUUCUUAUGCUUCCCUGAAUAUGAAGUUGCUGGCAUGGUAAUCAACACUAUGGGGUGGAUUGAAGGUCUGGGGUACGAGUUACUUCUUCAAGCAAUCAAUACUUUUAACGUUAAUGUUGUUCUGGUCCUGGGACAGGAGAAGCUUUUCAGCAUGUUGAGAGAUGUACUAAAGGGCAAACCCCAUGUAGACAUUGUGAAACUUCACAAGUCAGAAGGCGUGGUUCUGAGAAAUCAAAAGGUCCGUCAGAUGUCUAGAAGUUAUAGAAUUAGAGAAUAUUUCUAUGGACUCAACAAUGAAUUGUCUCCUUAUUCAAUUAGUAUGAAUUAUGGGGACAUAUCUGUAUAUAAAAUUGACGGUGGCCCACAAGCUCCUCGAUCAGCUCUCCCUAUUGGUGCAGAGCCUAUUACAGAUCCUACUCGGGCCGCCCUUGUGAACAUAAAUUAUGAAUUGAUUCAUGCCAUUCUUGCCAUUUCAUAUGCAAAGGAGCCGGAUCAAAUUAUAUCAAGCAAUAUUGCGGGGUUUCUUUAUGUGACAGAAAUUGACGUUGAGAGUAAAAGAAUUACUCUGCUGGCACCUUGCCCGGGCGAGCUACCGAGCAGGCUACUGAUCAUGGGGACGUUAAAAUGGUCUGAAAAUUAGUAAUUUUGUAUUAAACCCGUCUUAGAGAACCAUUUUUAUCUUCUUUUAUUUAUUUAUUUUGUUUUUUGCUGUAAGAAUUUUUGUGCCUGCACUGUCAUGUAUUAUAAUGAUCUCUCUCUCCUUUUUCA